AUGGCUUCUCGGCUGAAUCUGAAGCUGCGCGCUCUGCGCCUUGGGACCAGCUCCUCUCUAAGUCGACUGAGCUUCCCUUCGCCAAGAAGACAAUAUGCCACUACCACACAUCCUCCCUUUGCCUUUACGUGGCUCACAAGCACGCCAGAGGCCAUUAGUGCCCACGAUGUCCUUGCGUCGCUUCCCACCCUCCAGACUCCGCUACUCACCAGCAACUCCGUGCCGUUGCUUCUCGUCACCCCGAAAUUGGCACAUUGGCUCGAUGCCUCCGACGGGUUCCUUCCUCAAUUGAUGCAAAAUCUAUAUGGGAAGGCCCCGAAAACCGAUUGUCUGUAUGCUGUGGCCGCCGUGGUCGACAAAAUUCCUUGCAAGCCGAAGGUCGUAGGUGGGCUCGACAAACCAAGCGCUGCGGAGACAAUCUCCGAGUCCGAAGGUCUCUCGCUCUUGCUUGUUGGCGAGCACAACGUCCAGGGAAAGCCGGUACCUCCACGCAAGUUUGGCGGACCUGCGGACGAAGAGACCGAUCUUUUGUUCUCAAUUCAGAAUGGAGAAGGAAAGCAAAGUCCGACCGAUGGACCUCAUCGGGUCGGCUUACGCCUUGCGAACACCGUCUUUGUCAAUGGGAAAGAAUCAACCCUUUUCGGCAUGCGAUGGAAAUUCGAUACAGCCGAAAACACAUACACUCGUGAUCACACGAUAGAUUUGACAAGCUGCACUGUCACAUCCUCUCAUUUCUCUAGCAAGACCGAGCCACGCGUGACACUACCUCUUCACCCUCUUGGCCAGCGCAAAAGAGUGCUUGCUAGUAUGGGCAAUAUUCUCCGACAGAUUUCGAAAUCCACCGAUCCAGCUUCGAACGAUCCCAUACCCGCCUCGUCAGAUCUGGAGAAGGACCUUCCCCAGUACAUCAAAGAACACAAUAUCUCGGACCACAGGGUCUCGGUGUGGGCGCUCGUCGAAAAGCCCCAGGCGAGAGUCACUGACUCCAACUUAUCUGCGCAGGAGUAUCUGAAUCAAUCGUUACGACAAGGGGGCAAGCUGCAUAGAGUAGUCAGUGGAGGCGGUGGCUGGGGCAAGAAGCAGGGGCUUCUUUCUCUGGACCCGGAGAUUUGCUUCUCAGGAUCAGCUAACCCGGAUGCUUUGGCUGGCCUGGAGAUGAUCUUCAACCCAAGCGGAAGGGCCGAUUUGGACUCUGCAGCUCUUGUCAAAAGCCUCGUUGGCGAUGAUCUAUCUUUGCUGUCUCAGGUCGCCACAGCCGGGGACUUCAUUCAGUUCUUUGUAUCCACAGAUCCCUCAGAGCCGCACGAACGGGACGCUCAGUCUGUGGGAAGCAACGUUACUUUCAACUUUGGAAUGGUCUCACGCGUUGAAGGCUCCCAUUCAGUGGAUUACACAUCUGGUCAAGGCAGCCUCGAAUUUGUGCCCAACACCUUUGGGGCGCUCUCCGAGAAGGCGAUUGCCUACAACCAGCCGGUGGCGGUGGCCGGAGGGUCAUCAGAGUCUAGCACGAAGCUUGAUAUUCCCGGGUGUCGGUGGGAUAACAUUCGUCGUGAGGCGCAUGCAACGGGCAGUGGAGAAACGCCAAGACCACGUGACCUCACCACCAGCGUGUGUGCCUCUGACCUCGUUGACCUCUCCAACCUCUCCGAAUACAGCAACGCCAUCGUCUACAGCUCGACUAAGCAUUCCGCAAGUCGUCUACCAUCGAAACACGGUUAUAGCUCUCACUCACACAUCUCAUCUGAGCCCCUGAGUUGUCAAAAUGGCCACAGAACUUUGUGCAUGUAUUCGAUCCGUUGCCUCCGCACUGCAGCAGCUCCAUCCAUCUCCCACUUUACGCCCGUCGUGUGGUCAAUUCAACGAGGUCUCAAUAAUGUGGCUGACGUAUCUCUUCUCCAGCCCUUCUUUGGUGCGCUGGGCUGCACGUCCGCCAUCGUCUUCACCUGCUUUGGCGCCGCCUAUGGCACUGCCAAGGCUGGUGUUGGUGUUUGCAGCAUGGGUGUCCUCCGCCCUGACCUGAUCGUCAAGAACAUUGUUCCCAUCGUCAUGGCGGGUAUCAUUGGUAUCUACGGUCUGGUCGUUUCGGUCCUGGUCGCGAACGACCUGACCCAAAAGCUCCCUCUAUACACUGGUUUCAUCCAGCUUGGUGCUGGUCUGGCCGUCGGUCUUGCUGGUCUUGCUGCUGGUUUCGCUAUUGGUAUUGUCGGUGAUGCUGGUGUCCGCGGAACUGCUCAGCAACCUCGCCUCUACGUCGGAAUGAUCCUUAUUCUCAUUUUCGCUGAAGUCUUGGGUCUGUACGGUCUCAUUGUGGCUUUGCUCAUGAACUCGCGUUCUAAAGCCACCUGCUAA